CUAUAUAAAAAACGAAGUGCAAAAGACAAAUACUGUCUCCAAUGCCUGGAAGCGAAAACAAAACCACCUCAACUCCGCUUUGAAAAAAUCUCUCCAAGAACUUUCUUCAGAGAUUUUACAUGUGAUUUGAAUGAUGAAGACAAAACCAAUUUUUUGGGUUUCCGUAUGUCUGCUGCUUACUUGUGCCUCUCUCCCUCUUAAUGCUGAGGAAGAUGAAGAUCUUAAUUCUGAGGCAGAUGAAUAUUCCAGCAUCCCAGAUACCGAGUUACCACCACUGAGACUUGCACAUUCAUACUGUGCAUAUAAAGCGGAUAAAGGCCCAUGCAGAGCAAUGCUGAAGAGAUUUUUUUUCAAUAUUUUCACUCGACAGUGUGAAGAAUUUAUAUAUGGGGGAUGUGAAGGAAAUGAGAAUCAAUUUGAAAGUCUGCAAGAGUGCAAAGAAAAAUGUAUAGGAGAUUAUCCAAAGAGGCCUGGAAAAGCAAAAACAGCAUUGCAAAAAGAUAAGCCAGAUUUCUGCUUUUUGAAAGAAGAGGUUGGGAUCUGUCGAGCCUACUUCCCUAGGUAUUUUUAUAACAACCAGUCGAAGCAGUGUGAGAGCUUCAUAUACGGCGGGUGCCUGGGCAACAGGAACAACUUCGAAUCCCUGGAAGAAUGCAAGAACACCUGUGAGGAUUCAUUGCACAAUGACAGCUCCCAGCUUGUUCCUGCCCAUAAUGGCACCUCGACCCCCCAGUCUAACACGACUAUCGGAAAUUUUGGCUAUCGCAGCCCCCACUGGUGUCUGACCCCAGCAGACAGAGGAUUGUGUAAAGCUAACGAGAGAAGAUUCUACUACGAUUCAGUUACUAGGAUGUGUCUCCCAUUUAAUUACAGUGGAUGUGGAGGGAAUGAAAAUAAUUUUACUUCCCAAAGAUCAUGUCGGAGGGCUUGCAGAAAAGGUUUCAUCAAAAGAAUAUCAAAAGGAAGAUUCACUAAAGUUAAAAGAAAAAGAAAGAAGCAUUCAGUAGAAAUAGGAUAUCAUUACAACAUCUAAACAUUUUAGAUGAAGCUUUUCACUAUGAUUUCUAUUUUUAAAAUCCUUUUUAAUUAAUAUUUUCAUGAAUUUCUUAUGCACAUGUUACCUGUUAUUAAUACAUUUUUAUCACCAUUCCUUUUCUAAUCUAGUCAAAUUGUUUAUUCUAGGGCUAUAAUUUAUUAACUGACUACUAUGAAUUUAUUUAUUCUCUUGACUUCUAUUUACCAUUUGACUACCCCAGACUGCUGGCCACAUCAAAUAAAUCUGUUUUUCCUUUUUUGGUCAUCAUCUAUUUCAUAAUACAAUGUUACUUAUUUGUUUUGCUCAUAUAUGUACACAUAAUAUACAGGAGAAUAAUCUCCUGUAUAGCCCAUGCUCAGAGUAAGAAAUACAGCCAUUAAAAAACAAGCACUUUAGGAUUUUCACAUCUAAAAUGGUGACAAGCACCUUCUUCUGAUAAAGACUACUCACUUGUGAAUUUGGAAAGACCUGAUAACAGCAGAAUUCUAUUAUGUGCUACCCUCCCUAGACAUACUUCUUUUAUAUUAACCGUACAUCAGUGGAUCUUGAGCCAAACCAUAUUCGAACAAAGAGUCAAUUCUGUCAUGUGCCAACCUGAUUUUGUCUGAUUUAACUUUCUUUUUGCCCAUUAAUGACCCUUUAUAUCAAUAAAGGUGGUUGAAAAAAAUAUGUGUUAAAUACAGAUCAUGAUAAGAAGAAACUUCCUAGGAAAGGGAAGUUCUUAAUUGCAAGCUAAAGGACAUUCUGCUUAUGUACUUCCUAAUUUUGUUGUUUAAUAAAAAAUUUUUCUUAC